UUCAGGUUGUUAAAAGGAUUCAUAUUGUACGUCAGUGUGGUUAGAGAAUGACAAAGCUGGCAUCUUGUUAGUAAAAUUAUUCUUUCACCGAGAUGUUAGAAGAAAAAUCGGCGAAUGUCCAGUCACGAAUUUGAGUUCAAAUGUCUGCAUUCUUAUAUAUGAUAGUAGUCAAUUCCAGGUAAGGAAUAAGCGCAUGGCAGGCCUUAGUUUUGUGAAAGACAUACGGGCACAGACACUCACCAAUCUGAAGAGACUCCAAACAAUUAUUUGCUCUUUUUUCUCCUACACGUCUUUUUCGCUCAUAUAUUGCUCAAGCAAGAAAAGCAGGACCAAAACUAUUCUCUGCUAUAUUUUCUGAGACAGAAAUGUCCGCCGAUGUUGUGAGCUUUCUACUUUCAACUGCAUAGAAAGCGCUUUUACCUCAACGAAAAUGAGAAUCAGCACUGCGAGCAAGACAGGGACUUGUGAGACGUGAACUCACUUAGAAACUCAUGAUUGCAUGAGCCAAACCAUGUUUCACAAUCAUUACGUUCAUCACUCAUCAAUGAUGUGAUUUCAGAGCGCAAUCUCAACGUAAGGGCAAUCUUAACUUCCCUCCAUCAGUUUCAUCUCUCCCUUUAUAUUCUCCCCUCUCUCUCCAUCUCAGUUACUUUCAAUUCCUGCAUGUUCCUCCCCCAGCAUUACAUGAGAACCGAAAACGGAGAGCCAUGGGCAAGAAGAGAGCUUCUUUGCCCAUAUGCCAUUUAUCGGUGCUUCGCUCGAAGCUGGUUUUCUCUAUAUUUCUCGUGUUCUGCUUCUUCGCCCUCGUGAGGCUUAACCAGCCGGGAUCGGGAUCGGGAUCGAGCACCAACAAAUCGAGAAUUGAGGAAAAACCAAAACCUGAGACUACCACUAACCCGAAAGUUGCUUUUCUGUUUCUUGCUCGUAAGAACAUUCCUCUGGACUUCAUGUGGGGUGCUUUCUUCCAGGAGGCUAAUGUGAAGAAUUUCUCAAUUUAUAUUCAUUCAGAACCUGGGUUUGUGUUCAAUGAGUCCACUUCUAUGUCCCCUUUCUUUUACGGAUGCCAGUUAAACAACAGUAUUAAGGUAGCCUGGGGAGAAUCAAGCAUGAUAGAAGCAGAGAGGUUAUUGCUUAAAGUAGCUCUUCGCGACCCUGCUAAUCGGAGAUUUGUUCUCCUUUCUGAUAGCUGCUUGCCACUGUACAAAUUCCGUGACAUUUAUGAGCAUCUGAUUUCUUCUCAGAAGAGUUAUGUGGAAAGCUAUUUUGAUUUUGAGGAUGAUCGAUAUGAUCCGAAAAUGUUGCAAGCCAUACCAAAGGACAAAUGGCGAAAAGGAUCUCAGUGGUUCACUUUAAUCAGAAGACAUGCACAAAUUGUUGCAGAUGACAAUGUUGUUUUCCCCAUCAUCAAGAAAUCUUGCAAGAGACAGUCAAAUGCAAGUGCGAGCGCGAUAAGACAGAUGCUUGAUCUUCAUAAGCUGCAGGAUUGUAUCCCGGACGAACAUUAUCUGCAGACAUUGCUUGCAAUGAGCGGGCUCGAGAAUGAAUUCUCCCGAAGAUCAUUGACCUACGCUCAGUGGAAUCAAUCACCUACACAAAAGGAUGAACAGUGGCACCCUGUCACUUUCGAUUACACAGAUGCAAGCCCUCGAAGUAUCAAAGAAAUAAAGGAGAUUGAGGCAAUCCACUAUGAAUCCGAGAAUCAGACCGAAUGGUGUCAGGUCAAUCGUGCACCCGCCCCAUGUUUUCUAUUUGCAAGGAAGUUCACGUGCGGAGCAGCCGUUCGCCUUCUGUCCGAGGGACUACUGGGUCCGUUCGAUCCCGUUCCGUUUUUAAACGCUACCAGGGGAUUCUUUCCAGCCAAACACACAGAUACACACGCAAGACAGAGCCUUCCAAAUUGGAGGGACAUAUUCACAUACAGUACCCUCGACUCGAAGUCAAAAUCGCGUCGAACAUUCUUUACAACUCCUUAAUUUUUCUCCGUUUCAGGAAAUUCUCAGCAAGACCUGUAUCAUCAAUAUCCUUUGAAAGUUGCAUUCUACUUGGUACGUAAUUGCUCAUCUGCAAUCUGCAUGGUUUGGAAAAACUCCGACUGCCUCUGUCUGUCUUACAUCAUUUCACGCUCAUUGCUCUUCCCUAGCUUUCUUGCCAUGUUGCAGCCAUUGCAUGAGUUGAUGAUGUCCGAACGUACAUUAGCAAAAGUUGCGAGGAGGCACCAUCUUCCCUUACAAAAGUUCCCCAAAGUAGCUGCUCAUUGGCUCCACCCUCGUGUAGAAAAGACUGCUAGAACAAAUAUGUGCGUGCGCGUUUUCGACAUGGUCGACGACUCCGAAAGAACAAGCUUCUUUUCCCCUUUCUUUUACUCUCUUUCCCGUGAGAAUUUGUACUUUGUCGACGUAUACAUAAUCAAUCUCGAAUCUUUGUGCAAGUUCGAAUCUUUCGAAUAAUUUAGC